CGAUGCGGGGGAGCUGCGAUCUGUGGACCUUUUGGGGCGGGCACCUUGUGGGGAGGCCGCGAGUUCUGUGGGAGUGCUGGACUGGAGGCGAGCACAGAUGGGCCUGUGGGAAGGGUGUCAGGGGCCGCCGGGGGGGCUGCUGAGGCCUUGGGAGGGAGGGUUAGAAGGGGGUGGUGUGCGUGACUGUGUGAACCCGCGGGAGGUGCCCACAAAACUGGCCCAGGGACGUGGUUUGGGAGAAGACAGUGUGGCAAGACUGGGAGUGUGCUGAGGGGUCGUGCUGCUCUUGGGGCUCAGUGGAAGCCUUUCCUUCUUCAAACUGAUCCGCGCACAGUUGAAGUGUUCAGUAGCAUCACACUGUGAAGGUCGGGAAGCUUAAGCGCCAAUGAGCGUCUGGGCAAUAUCAUGUGCAAGGGAGUUUCUGGAAACAGCAUUGCCAGGCUCCCCAGGCAGGGAGGUCGAGAGGUGUGCACUGUAGUGUUCGAGAGUAACAGAAAUCCAUUGUCAUGAGUAUGCAUUCUUUGAGGACUGAGACCGUCCUGUGUGCACUGCAUUUCCUGUCAUCUCUUUGCAGCACAACAGAGGAGCCAGCUGCAGAAUUGCCAAGGAGACAAGGAAAGGCUGAAAUGCACAAGUGCAAUGUUAACAGGAGCAAGAAAGAUAUUCUUGUGACUGUGAUGGAGGAUGCCCAAGAGGAUGGCAAGCUUGGAGCCAAAUCCACACAGCACACUUGCCACACUGCUCUGAAGAAGCCUUCAAAUACAUCUCAGAGAGCAGGAGGGGUGUGUCCAGUGCAACCAGGGAACAACACGACGUUUCCUGCUUCUGCACAGACUAGAGGCAGGCUCCCAUCUUCAGGCUCUGGUCAACUAAAUCCAGACAGGAGCCAGAAGUCUGCACAGGAGACUGUCACUGCAGCAGCACCUCAGGUGGGAAGUGACCACCCUCCUCCAGGAGCGCCUCACACCCUGAAUGUAGAGCUGCAGGACAGGCUUGUCUGCAACAAGGAAAACCUCAGCCCACAAGCCUCCACAUCCUCAGAGCUGAUCAACACUUUCCAACCUAGUGAAAACAGUCUCAAGAAGGAGAGAGUCUUGGCCCACAGGCAAUGUCCAGCUGUAACGUCAAGGCCCAUUCUGGGUCCAAAAGGCAGAACGAAUAACCACCAGCCUAAGGAAAACCCAGUUCUGGGUAAAUUUAGGAAAGCCCUGCCAGAAUCAAAGAGCAUGUCUCAAAAUACAGCUAUCAGGACUCAGCCAUUGCAGCCCUCUUGGUUCCUUCCUACUUCUGCUAAUUUGAUACAUAAAAACCCAGGGACAAAGCAGGGAGAAAGCACUACUGUGAGGCAACCUGGCACAGCUCCAGGGGGGAGUCUUAAGCAGCACAGCCAGCCUCACCCAGUGAGAAGAUUUCCCACCAAGCCUCCCACCUUGGGCAAGCCCCAGGGGAGCACAAACCUGAAAUCCAACCUGAACCCAGGUGUCACUUUGCCAUGGCCAAAGCCCAUGGUUAAAGAAGUGAUGGGCAGGAAGGACAUGAAGGUGGUGCCUCCUGGACACACAGCAGCAUCCCAAGGAACAAGUCACCCAAACCAGUCUCCCAGCAUGCACAACUCCAAAACUCACGACCUUGAGGAUGAUUUGAGAAGUAGGAGAGAUCAGCUUAAACCAGAGCUGCCCAAGGCAAGUGGCAUGCAGGCUAGGCGCGUUCCAAGGAUCCCAUCAGCUCCAGAUCGUAAGAAACAGCUGGAGGAGUGGGUGGCAUCCAAAGGCAAGACCUACAAGCGGCCGCCGAUGGUGCUGCUUCAGAAGCAGGCAGUGAAGCCAUCCUGCACAAAGGUCAAAGCAAAGGAGAAGCAAGAGAAUCCAGAGCAGCACUGCCAAGAAAAGAUCAACAACAUAUUAACUGAGUGCCAGAAGCUCAUUGAGGAGGGUGCCCAUGCAGAGGAGAUCUGGGAAAUGCUGUCCCUUGUGCCCCAGGCAGAGAAAUUUGCCAAAUUCUGGAUCUGCCAAGCAAAGCUCCUGGCCCGGAGUGGCCCCUUUGAUGUGAUGCAGCUGUACGUAGAAGCAGUCUGUGCUGGGGCUGAGCCAAUCGAAGAGGUCAGGAGAACUGCUAUAAAUAUUUUGAAAAAUGGAGGCCAAAACCUGGAAGGAGAAAAGGCAGAGGAACCCAUUCCUCAGGAGGCUACUACGCCUUGUCCAGGUGAGAGGCAGUGCAUAGUGUCAACUCCAGGCCUGGUGGCGAGGCGCAUGCCGUCCCUUCCCUCCUCAGUGAAGUUACAAGUUACAUCUGCAUCCAGAGGAAGGAAAUUCCUGGAAGGCUCGGAAUUGAAAUUUGUAACACCCGUGCGGCGCUCACUACGGAUUGAGAGGGUUGGGAGUCGCUACCCAGAGAUGCUGAAAGACCAUGACCCUGUGGUGUCAUCCCUCAGUGAAAUUCUGGAUGCUGAGGAGGAGACUUGCUUCUUCUUCCGGAAAAACAAGGCUUUGCCAGAAGUGACGGAGCUGGAGGGUUUAAGUUCCUAUUCCCCCAAGAGCUCCUGAGAGGUUCCCAGCAGGAACAGGCUGCCUGCCCACCGUGCUGCUUCGUACACACUCCCCUGACUGCUCUUGCUGUCCCUCAGAGGUAGAGGGGAGGGGAUGGCAGAGACUAAGCAUGUUUUAAAUAUCUAAUUGCAGUUUUAAACAUCUAAUUGCAGUCUUAAACAUUAAACUUUGCAGUGGA